GGAUAAGUAGUUGCAGCCCGUCAUGGUCGUGGGCCUCAGCCUUGUGCUGUUUUCCUCCUGCCCUCAGCCUGCUGUCGCUCUUCAGAAUAUAUUCUUACCACGGACUAACCACCAUGUUCGUGCUGUCGCUAACAAUCUUGGCCUCGGCUUGGCUUGUUACUGCUCAGGACGGGAGCACCUAUCAUCCACAUGGCGCAUUCGCCUUUGUUCGAUCCGGAGAGCGUACGCCAGAAUUGGUAGGCGGCUCUCAAGUUCUGACCGCGGUGGGUGCGCAGCAAAUGUACGAAUUGGGGCAAAAUCUGAGAACCCGUUGGAUCGACGGUGACAGCAAUGCUGGACUCGGUAGAGAGAACAUCGCAAACAUGGCAGUCGACAGGUUGAAUAACGACCAAAUCUCUGUCCAGACAUUGGACAAGCAGUACCUGGUGUCGUCGGCGCAAGCCUUCAUGCAGGGCAUGUACCCACCACAUGCGCUCGGCAAUUCAAGUGGGUUUGGGGACUCGACAGGGUUGCUAGCGGAUGGAACGACUGUCCAGGCACCUCUGAAUGGAUAUCAAUACGCGGCUGUCCAAUCUUUCAACUCGUAUGCGUAUAAUUCGAUUUACAUUGCUGGCAACCACAACUGCCCAUAUGCAAAGCUAGAAGCACUCCAGUAUACAGUGUCUGACAGAUUCGACAACACCAAAGCUGCUAGCCAGGCCACCUAUGACGCAUUGCAGACCAGCUGGUUCCAGGGCCACCUACUGGACGAUCAAAGAGAUUACGAUCACGCUCUCGAAAUCUGGGACUACCUCUCGUACCAAUACACACACAAUCGCACAAUCUACGAGAGGCUGACCGGGAGUCCUGUAUACACUGGAGUCUACAAUGCAACACGCUACCUCGCAGACGAAUACGCCUGGAACUUCUGGGGCAACACAGCAGCCUCCAGAAAUGACUCGGACAACCAGGCCAUUGGCGGCAUGACUCUGGCCGCAGAGAUCCUCCAUCAAUUUCAGAACCUGGUGGACGAUCGCAAGAACCACAGCACAUCCACAGCUGGAGUAUCGCAGCCUCUCACUCUCCUCUUCGGCGAGAUUGAUCCUAUGAUCAAUCUUUUGAGCCUGAUGCUCAUGGACACCCGCGACACGAGCUUCCGCGCCAUUCCUCCCUACGCGUCCGCCAUGAUCUUCGAGCUCUACUCCAGCGGCGAUAAUGGGACUUUCCCCCAAAAUGACGACGACCUGUGGGUGCGCUUCUACUACCACAACGGCACCACAGACUUCAACGGUCAGCUCCUCUCGUUCCCCAUGUUUAACCGCGGCCUCGACCAGACGGGUAUGAAGUGGACAGACUUCAAUCUCAUGUUCUCGCACAUCAUGAUGCCGACCAUCCUAGAGUGGUGCACGACCUGCAGCGCACCGAGUCUGUUCUGCACCGGUGUCGACACAGACACGAUCAUCGUAGCCAACCCCAAAGCGCAGACAAGUAGCAACGGCGCCGUCUCACCCGUUGUUGCUGGCGUCAUCGGCGCAUUCGUUACGCUGGCGAUUGCGGCCCUGCUCUUCGGCCUCGCCAUGCUGGCAGGCGGUUUACGCUUCCACCGUGCGCAGCGCCGCCCGAAGUCCGACCUGGGCGGCUUCAAGGGCGCGAACAAACUCGCGUCUGACCCUGAUCUGGCCAAUCUGGCGAAGAACGGCGCCAUGCCCGCUGGCGUCGCGACCGUGGCUGCAGGUACUGAAGGCCGCGCAAGACACGAGAGGGUGGGCAGUUGGGAGCUCAGGCAGAAAGAGUUUGGCGGCUGGAAGAGCGGGGAUAUGGGCGAGCAGUUUCCCAGUCCGAGAGAGAGCUUCGAGCGGAUCGACGCUGUGGCUAGUCGACCUGUUGAGCCGCGCGAGACCGUGUAGGAUGGGUAGGGAAACAGGGGAGAGGAACAGGGUACCAAUCCCGAGUCCCUGUUCUUGGUCUUUGUGAUGACGGAAAUGAUUCAACGCACUUGGGUUUACGAUGGAGUUGGGACGAGACUGGAUGCGCACCUUCGCUUCGAACGAUCAUGAUACCCGGCUUCGCGCCUGUUCUGUUCUUAUGGUUUACGAUAGUUACGACACUCUUUGACGAUACAAUGGAUCUGAAUGACACACACAUAUAGUGUUCCUAGUGCAAGGGAGGAGCUUGUGCGAACCCGAGACCAACCUACC